UUUCUGAGCCCGUUUGACACAUCCACCACCUCAUGGCAGCUUUCAACCUCACCCCCUCUGACCCUUCAACAUUCAUCCUAACGGGUAUUCCUGGCCUGGAAGCUGCCCACAUCUGGAUUUCCAUCCCUUUCUCUAUGUUCUAUAUUAUUGGCCUAUUGGGAAAUUUCAUGGUUCUGUAUGUUGUAGGGAAAGAACAAACCCUGCACAAGCCGAUGUAUCUGUUGCUCUGCAUGUUGGCAUUCACAGACAUCACCAUGUCUACCUCUGUCGUGCCAAAGGCACUGUGUAUAUUUUGGUUCAAUUUGAAAGGCAUUACUGUGGGUGGCUGCCUCACCCAGUUGUUCUUCCUGAAUGCGGGGUCUAUGACACACUCAGCCGUCCUCGUGACAAUGGCCUUUGAUCGCUAUGUUGCCAUAUGUAACCCUCUGAGAUAUACCACCAUCCUCACCAAUACACGGAUAGCUAAGCUAGGGCUAAUGGGUUUGAUGAGAGCUGUUCUCCUCGUUCUGCCAAUUCCCCUUCUCCUAAACAGGCUGUCAUUCUGUGCCAAUCACAUUAUCCCCCACACGUACUGUGAGCACAUGGCUGUGUCAAAAAUGUCAUGUGGGGACACCACACUCAACAGGACGUACGGCUUGGUGACAACAUUUGUAGUCAUGGGGUUAGACCUGAUGCUCAUUUCCCUCUCCUACGGUCUGAUCAUCAGGGCCAUCCUUAAAAUCUCCCAUAAGGAAGCCCACCAGAAAGCCAUCAACACCUGCACAGCCCACAUCUGUGUGAUGCUGACAACUUAUACUCCUUUCCUCUUCACCACUCUGACACACAGGUUUGGUCAGGGCAUCGCUCCCCAUGUUCACAUCAUCUUGGCCAACCUCUAUGUCCUCAUCUCCCCCAUGCUCAACCCUAUCAUUUAUGGAGUCAAAACCAAAGAGCUUCGUGACAAAGUGGGCAAAUGCCCCUGCAGACUAUGAUCGCCUGGGACCACUAACUUUAAACCUGUGUGACAAGAGGGGGAAAGAAUAGCUCCUCCGUAAUCAAGGGUGCUGUGUCCCCGUUUGGCUGAGCUCAGCAUUGCGGAAGUUCACAGUAUGAGAAGUUCCUCACACUUAGUGUCUUAUCACUCCAUCACCAAGCACUGCUUUCUCCAUUGCUGAGAUCCCUCUCUCUGACUGUCAUCUGAUCUCUCCCCCACCCCUGGAAGCCAUGUCACUCCGCCUUUCCAUGACUUCCAGACCACCAGAAGAUACUGCAGCUUUCUGACACAAGGUGGAUCCUGUGUGAACAAGUUUCUUGAUUUGUUCAACGAACUGAAGCUACAUUUUCGAUAACCAAAGACAAGGAAAGAAAC